UUGGAGGAAGCGCGCGUGUGUUGUGCUGGAAACAGCGAUGGCGAGCGCAGCAGCCAAGCAACCUCCGAAAAGCGCCGCUAAAAGCACUGCCGCGGCCGGCGGCGGAGGUGCUACCGGCGGGGCCGCUAUUCCUCUGGCCUCUCCGCUCAUGGGAGGUCUCAACAAAAAGAAGAAACCUUUUCUGGGGAUGCCGGCGCCGCUUGGCUAUGUCCCCGGACUGGGCAGAGGUGCCACAGGUUUCACCACACGUUCUGACAUUGGUCCCGCUCGAGAUGCCAAUGAUCCGGUGGAUGACCGUCAUGCUCCCCCAGGGAAGAGAACAGUGGGGGAUCAGAUGAAGAAGAGCCAGGAUGAUGAUGAUGAGGAUCUGAAUGACACCAACUAUGAUGAGUUUAAUGGUUAUGCUGGUAGCCUGUUCUCCAGUGGGCCUUAUGAGAAAGAUGAUGAAGAGGCAGAUGCCAUCUAUGCAGCAUUGGACAAGCGGAUGGAUGAGAGACGCAAAGAGAGAAGGGAGCUAAGGGAAAAGGAGGAGAUAGAGAAAUAUCGUAUGGAGCGUCCCAAGAUCCAACAGCAGUUCUCAGAUCUAAAGAGGAAGCUUGUUGAGGUGACAGAAGAGGAGUGGUUGAGUAUUCCAGAUGUGGGUGAUGCAAGGAACAAGAGACAGAGGAACCCGCGAUAUGAGAAACUCACACCUGUGCCAGAUAGCUUCUUUGCCAAGCACUUACAGACUGGAGAAAACCAUACCACAGUUGACCCCCUUCAAGGGCAAUUUGCUGGUUUAAACACACCAUUCCCUGGGGGCUUGAAUACACCAUAUCCAGGGGGCAUGACACCAGGGGCUGGAGAGCUGGACAUGAGGAAGAUUGGUCAGGCCAGAAACACUUUGAUGGACAUGAGGCUCAGUCAGGUGUCUGACUCGGUCAGUGGGCAGACAGUGGUGGACCCUAAAGGCUAUCUCACAGACCUCAACUCAAUGAUCCCUACCUAUGGAGGCGAUAUCAGUGACAUUAAGAAAGCACGUCUGCUUUUGAAGUCGGUGCGAGAAACAAAUCCUCACCACCCCCCUGCCUGGAUAGCCUCAGCACGUCUGGAGGAGGUGACAGGGAAACUGCAGGUGGCUAGAAAUCUCAUCAUGAAAGGCACAGAGAUGUGUCCUAAGAGUGAAGACGUAUGGCUGGAGGCUGCACGGUUGCAGCCAGGGGACACAGCAAAGGCAGUUGUUGCUCAGGCUGUGCGACAUCUUCCCCAGUCUGUGCGCAUCUACAUUCGAGCAGCCGAGCUGGAGACUGACAUAAGAGCCAAGAAACGAGUGCUGAGAAAAGCUCUGGAGAACGUAUCAAAGUCUGUGCGUCUGUGGAAGACAGCCGUUGAAUUGGAGGAGCCUGAGGACGCUAGAAUCAUGUUAAGCAGAGCUGUUGAGUGCUGCCCAACCAGUGUGGAGCUUUGGCUUGCCCUAGCACGAUUAGAGACAUAUGAAAAUGCCAGGCGGGUUCUGAACAAGGCUCGUGAAAACAUCCCCACUGACCGGCACAUCUGGAUCACUGCUGCCAAGCUGGAGGAGGCUAAUGGCAACACGCAAAUGGUAGAGAAGAUCAUUGACAGAGCCAUCACCUCACUAAGGGCCAACGGUGUUGAGAUCAAUCGUGAACAAUGGAUUCAGGAUGCUGAAGAGUGUGAUAAGGCAGGCAGUGUGGCUACUUGUCAGGCUGUGAUCAGAGCUGUGAUUGGUAUUGGAAUCGAGGAGGAGGACUGCAAACACACAUGGAUGGAGGAUGCAGAUAGUUGUGUGGCCCACGGUGCACUGGAAUGUGCUCGUGCCAUUUACGCACACGCCUUGCAGGUCUUCCCCAGCAAAAAGAGCGUGUGGCUGCGUGCAGCUUACUUUGAGAAGAGUCAUGGCACAAGAGAAUCUCUGGAGGCUCUUUUACAGAGGGCAGUAGCUCACUGUCCCAAGGCGGAGGUUCUGUGGCUGAUGGGGGCCAAGUCCAAGUGGCUCGCUGGAGAUGUCCCAGCAGCUAGAAGCAUUCUGGCGUUGGCCUUCCAGGCCAAUCCCAACAGUGAGGAGAUCUGGCUGGCUGCUGUGAAGCUGGAGUCUGAGAAUAACGAGUACGAAAGAGCCCGCAGGCUACUGGCCAAAGCCCGUAGUAGUGCUCCCACCGCCAGGGUGUUUAUGAAGUCUGUGAAGUUGGAGUGGGUGCUGGGAAAUAUUGCAGCAGCCCAGGAGCUAUGCUUUGAGGCCUUAAGGCAUUAUGAGGAUUUCCCCAAACUCUGGAUGAUGAAGGGUCAGAUUGAGGAGCAGUCAGAGAACAUGGACAUGGCCCGUGAAGCCUACAACCAGGGGCUGAAGAAAUGUCCUCACUCCAUGCCUCUGUGGCUGCUGCUUUCUCACUUGGAGGAGAGAGUGGGCCAGUUGACACGUGCCCGUGCCAUUCUGGAGAAAUCUCGCCUCAAGAACCCACAAACCCCAGAGCUCUGGUUAGAGUCAGUUCGACUGGAAUAUAGAGCAGGCCUGAAGAACAUUGCUAACACACUGAUGGCCAAAGCCUUACAGGAGUGCCCCAACUCAGGCAUCCUUUGGGCUGAGGCUGUGUUUUUGGAGGCCAGGCCACAAAGAAAGACCAAGAGUGUUGAUGCUCUGAAAAAAUGCGAGCAUGAUCCCCAUGUUCUCCUGGCUGUUGCAAAGCUAUUCUGGAGUGAAAGAAAGAUAACCAAAGCUAGAGAAUGGUUCCUACGCACAGUGAAGAUUGAGCCAGACCUGGGUGACGCCUGGGCAUUGUUCUAUAAGUUUGAGCUCCAGCAUGGGACAGAGGAGCAGCAGGAGGAGGUGAAAAAGCGCUGUGAAAAUGCAGAACCCCGCCACGGAGAGCUGUGGUGCGCCGAGUCCAAGCACAUCCUCAACUGGCAAAAGAAGACUGGAGAGAUCCUGGACCUCGUAGCUGCCAAAAUCAAGAACACAUUUUAAGCCUGGGACUCAGAUAUACACACACCAUGUACAUGUUUGACAUUGUAUUAGAAAAUAUGUGCUUUUUUUUUUUUUUUUUUUUUGAGGAUCUAUCAAAAAAGGCAUUUAAUGUUUUUUAUGUGAGUUUUUGCUGAUUUCUGUACAGGAGUUGUGACAGUCGGCUAUAUGGAUCCAAGGUGUACUUGUUCUAGGAAAGUAUUAACUUUAUAAGUAAUUGUGAAAUAAGGUCUGAUUGUUAGUUAUGCUUGUCAUGCCAACAAUGGGUGUCCUAUCAACUUGAUUUAGUUUGGUGUGUGCAUUCAUUUGUUCUCGUCAUAAAACUACAUCUGUAUGUUCCCAACACACUGCACAAUAAAUGAGAUGAGUUAGA